AUCACCCGUCAUCAUCGUAACUGACGUCAUGGGGAAUCGGUGAGGGUAUAGCUCUCUGCCCACCGGAGCCUAGUGUUAUACAGAAGCGCUGGAAACACCGAGUACAGCUGAGCUUUGCCAGAAGAGCCAGAUAUCUUUUCCACAAGACCUGGAUUUUCACCCGUCUCGCCGGAUCCCUGUUAUUCACUGGUGGCUCGAACUCAGAUUUCUGCUGGAUGCUGGCGUGAAGAACUGUCCGCUUUGCAAUCGUCUUCCGUUCCAAAUGGCCCUGAACAACUCUGAAUUGGGUUUAGAAGUCAUCUUGGCGAUGGACCAACUCCUGGAGCUCACCCCGUCCGACGUGACCCCUAGACCCCUGGAGCCACCAGUGAUGACCCCAUGGGACGUGGCCCUGUGUGUAUCAGGAGCUGUGAUCUGCUGUGAGAACGCCAUCGUCGUGGCCACCAUCUUCUCCUCGUCGUCUCUGCGGGCUCCCAUGUUCCUGUUAAUCUGCAGCCUGGCGUGGGCCGACUUCCUGGCGGGGGCGGGGCUUCUUUUACACUUCCUGUCCCGUCGGUGCGUUUACUCUGAGGCUCUGGAGCUGGGGAGUGUGGGUCUGUUGGUGAGCGCACUCAGUGCGUCAGUCUUCUCUCUGUUGGGAAUCACCCUAGACCGGUUCCUCUCGCUGCAUCGCGCGCUAACUUACGGAUCCCGUCGCACACACGCGCAAACACUCUGCGCUCUGGCCGUCGGCUGGACUUUUGCGGCUCUUCAAGGUGCUCUUCCUGCGUUGGGCUGGAACUGCUUGCAUGAUGGAGAAUCCUGCAGCGUGCUUCGACCUUUGACCCGAGUCCACCUGGCGACUCUAUGUGGAGGCUUUCUGCUGACCUUAGCUUUAAUGCUGCAGCUGAACGCCCAAAUCUGCAGCGUCGUGCUUCGCCACUCGCAUCAAAUCGCUCUCCAGAGGCACACACUCCCGUCCGCUCGCACACACACGCGCCGUCGGGUUCACACCCUUGUGCUCAUCCUCACCACAUUCGCCAGCUGCUGGAUGCCCUUCGCCUUGUACGGGCUUCUGGCCGACGGGUCGUCACCGGCUCUCUACACUUACGCCACACUGGUUCCGGUCACUGGAAACUCUCUGCUGAACCCUCUGAUCUAUGCCUACAGGAACACACACAUACAGAGAGUGCUGCGACAGGCCUGCUGCUGCUGUCUGCCUAACACACCCAACAAACACACACACACACCCAGUGAUGUCUGACACUUCAGAACAAUCAAAAACACUUUUAAAAAACAAGAUUCUAUGGUGCCAUUAAAGAUUGUGUUCCACAUUUUAUGUCUGUUCCUGUUUGGGAACGUCACAGUUGCCAAAUCACUCCUCACAGUGACCUAAUCUUUUCUGCAUUAUUUUAUUUCAUUCGAAACGGGUUUAUGUAGCAGUGUUGUUUAUUUUUGGUUGAGAAAACUGCCACUGUAUCCUUUUAGCUAGUUGCCAACUAAAGGGGUGCAAGCAGAAACUCUCCUGUCCGCUUUAACGUCUCAGAUUUGUGCCUCAUUUUACGUCCUCUGAAGUUCAGAGUUACUGAUGGAAAAAUCAUUUGCACUUUACGACAAUGACUUGACUUUUUAGCUGAAUUUUAAAAUGAUUUACCGUUUGUUAUUCCGACUGAUGUUUUUUAUACUUCCUAAAUGUCUUGUUUGCACUUACAAUGUAUUAAUGUUGCACAAAAUGUAUGAGUGAAUGUUUUAUUGUCGAAAUGAGAUGUUUUAUGGAAUAUGUUUAUAAAUAAUAAAUUGUAACUUUUGUA